GCCGCCAGCAGAAAAAUAAAUUCGGCGGCAGUUGCGAGCAGACACAGCAGCAGUGAACGUUUCUUCGCUCGCUCGCAGUGCAGUCGUGUCUGACACAGGAAGACAGAAGCGUGCGUGCGUGAGUGUCGGUGUUGUUGAAGGGUACACAGCGUUGCAAAAGGUUGCACACACUGCAAGCAGAGUGUGUGUGUGCGUGUGUUUGUGUGUACGUGAGAGUGAGUGACAACAGCAGGUUGGUUUGGAGGAGGUGACAAGCAAGGACAGCAAGAACAGCCGACCAUGUGGCGGUUUUCCGUUGAGUUUGACAUGAUGCUCGCCGUCGUGCAGAGCGGCACUGAUGCACAGAUCAUGUCCGAUGACUUCAAGGCCCGCGCUCGCGAUUUCGCCAGAGAAGUGCAAGCACUUGGCGCCAAGGAUGCCCGCGCGUUUUACCUGCGCCCGCAGGACGCAACAGUGCGGCAACAGCUGGAAAGCGGCACAGACCGACGUGUUCCGCUCUUUCCGGAUGACGACCGUGCAACCGCACCGCACGUGUCGCAAGAGGUCGUGGAGCAGGCGAUUGUCCUCUCCGACCUCCUUGGGCUGCACGAGCAGACUUGCUGCGGCCUCGUGCUGGAGGCUGUAUCGCCACACACGGUGCCGCUGGCCAUGCACACGGCUGACACCACAACCAAGGCCAUGUACCUCUACUUCCAGGCGUGCCAGACCCUGUCUCGCUGCUUCUGCAUCCUCGCCGACGAAGCUGCAAGCACCACCGAGACGUCCCUCUCGGGGUUUGCGCGGGAAUGGUUUGACAAGGAGGUCACAAACCCCCUGGAGAUUGCCAUGACGUGUGUGCGCAACUGCGACGCGCAGGAAGACUGGAGGACCGUGCAGCGCUGUAUUGGUGCGCUUCCUGACGCCAAGGCAUCCUCCCAAGCGCCGAUGGACGUCAUCACGGCGCACAUGGAGCACGUUGUGUUUGAGCGCGAGGUCGAAUACGCAGACAUGCUCCUCACCAUCGUUGCCAACGCCAGCCUCGUCCCGCAAUCACAAGAGUCGUCGCUGCUGGAGAUCAGCCCGCUGCAGGUCGCCCUCCUCGUACAGCUGCUGCGGGAUGUGUCGGCACUGGACAAGGGCCCGCUGGACAAGCCAAAGUCGGCCGUGUGCAGUCUCAUUGCCAUCGUCCUCUGCGCAUUCCAGAAGCACCGCGAGUUUCAGCUGCGCGUGCUUGAUGUUGCACCGCAGUACACGGCCGACACCGCCCGCGAAAAUCCGCUGCUGCUGCCCGGGCCAGACGGACACAACGCAAUCGACACGGAGCUGUCACAGCCGUGGGGUGGCAGUGUGCUUGUGUGGCGGCUGGUGCGCAUCGCGUAUGGCCUCAUGGUCGACGACAACGAGACGAUCGAGCUUGCUCGCGACCCCUCCCACACCAUGGCCGCAGGCGCCACAACCAGAGGCGUGUUUGACUUUCUUCGCUGCGUGCUGGAGAACCGCGUGUUUGCGCGCGUGUCGCCCAUGAGCGCAUACAAAUCAGACAUCUUCCAGAUGUUCUUUGAAUGGCUGAUUGAAGACAACCAGCGGAUCACGCACUGGCGGACGAUGGCGGACGACUACUACCAGGAGCACGCGAGCCAGCGGCUGCAGGAGGAGAUGCUGCAGGGCUACGACCGCCACCACAACAGCUUGUUCACGGACGACUUUCAGCACCUCAUGCAGGCCGCCACCGCCCUCUUCAGGCUGCCGAGCUUGAGCGAGGACCGCGUCAACCCGUCAAACUGGGAGUCGUUCCUCAAAACAGCCGGCACAGCUCACAUCUCAAACUACCAAGCCUUCCUCGACCUUCUGCAUGCCUUUGUUAUUGGAUUUGACACGGCAUCCACCGUCUUCAACCUCUUCAGCAUUGCGUUCACCAAGCAAAACGAGGUGUUUACGUGGCGGAAUCUGCUUGAUGCAAUCAAGGGCUACGUCGACGAGCUCACGCAGGGAAACACAGCGUUGAAUGCAGACAUUGAGACGCAGAAGAUGCUCAUCGCCUACUUUGACAUCCUCGGUGCUGUGGCUGAGCACGUGCACAAGCACCACAACGGCGCAACGUUUGCCUUUGAUGGGGAGUUUCUGGAUUGGCUGCUGCAGCUGUUCCUGUGCCCCGUGACGAGCGAGAUCAAAGGCGCCGUGUGCCGCGCCCUCGCUGGCCUGUGUCACUCCAAAGACGCUGCGCAAUACGUCUGGACCAGGCUCUGCGAAGAAGAGGGCAUGCUCGAGAUGGCAAGCCUCGCAGAGGCGCGGGUUCGAGAUGAUGUUGGCCUGGCUCGCGACUUUAUGAACGAGCGCAGCGCGCGUGUGUACGACGAAACACGCGGUUUCCUCGACCUCCUCACUGUCCUCUUGCCUUCCUUCGAGACUGCACGGCUUGAUCCCAGCCUGCUGCUUCAGAAGGUUGACGCGUUUAUGUCGCUGGUUGUGGACAACGUCUUUGCAAACGUGCUGCAGCAGAGCUACGUUGACGCCACCGCCAAGUGGCAGCUGGCUGAGACUCUCGUCGUCUUCAUCCGCCGUGUUCUCUGCGAGUACUAUCCCGCCACCACGGACUUCAUUGACGAUCGCGCGCGAGAGCUUACACAGCAGCCGCAGCCGCAGCAGCCCCCGCUGCGCCACGCCGGCCGCUUCCUGCUGCGUCGCCUGUCUGAUGAUGAGCACACGUUGCGCACCAUCAAGGACGUUGUGAGGCUGGCCGCCAACAACCACAAGUACGCGCUUGACUCCAAGGCCCGCACGCACUUUAUGAACUGCGUCGAGCCGUGCAUGGAUGUGCUCGAGAUGACGUUUGUUCGCCAGCGUGCGAUGGAGCCGUAUGCGCCCGUGCUGCAGCCGCUGGCGUCGCAGCUGCUCGACCUCGUUGGUGACGUCAGCACGCUCCUCAGCAGGGAUUUUGAAGAGAAAUACGCUCUGAAGGCCAUCACGCUGCUGUGGCACGUCCUGCGGUCGCCGCGCCGCUCGCACGACUUUGGGUCCAUUUUCCGUCGCCUGGGCGGCUUCCACCUGCAGACGAUCAUCGACAGCCUGCAGCUGCGGCUACACGAUGUGCGGCCAACCGUCAACGCCGUGCCCACUGGCGAGGAGCACUUUGAUGUGCACGGCCAGGUGCACUCCACCUUCACCAACGCCGUGGCGACCAGCAUCCUGCACCUUCUGCACCAUCUUCUGCAAUCGAGCCAGAAGAACGUCGCCUUUCUCCUCCUUGGCCUUUCCAGCGUCGUGGACGGUACUCAGCGCCGCAUCCGCCCGCCUGGCCCUGGGGAGCCGAGCAACUGUCUGUACUCGCUCGUGUACCUGCUCGACCCAAAGCAGUCACCUCCGCUCGUGCAGUGCAACCCAGAGUGCGCCGAGCUGGCUGCACAGAUCUUGUAUGUGCUGUGUUGGUUCCCCCAGACGUCGCAGCCUGUGAUGGCCUAUCUGCGCGACAGUGAGGACUUUUUCAGCAACCACAUGCGCGCCCUCGCUGCGCGCGCGACGGGCAGCCUGACCCCAACGCAGGUGGCCGCCCAGCACCACUACACGGCGUGGGUGCUGAAGAUGCUUGCGCUCGAGCUGUACUCGCCCUCCAAGGGCGGCAGCGGCGAGUCGCAGUCGGGCCUGGUUGAGGCCAUGCUCGAGCUCGACUCGCCACGGUUUGACAGCGCGGGGCGCGGGGCGCGGCGGCGGCUGCUGCAGCUGCUGGACCAGAUUUCCCUCGAGUCUGACCCCGUCGCAGCACCGGACCUGCACGUGCUUGACAUUGGGCUUGUCAACGCGGCCUUCAAGCGGUGCACGGGCCCGCGCAUGGGCCGCGAGGGUGCGCAGUACUGCCGGAUCGGGGAUAUGAUUGACGCCAUUCGAAGCAGCAUCGACCAGGUGCACGACGAGGCGGCGGUUGAGGCCGAGCUGGCGCAGGUGGCGCGCAUUGCCGAGCAGAGCAACACCAACAGCGAGCUGCGGGCGGCAAAGGCACACCUCCUUCGCGCGUGGCACCGCGCCGUGGAGGUUGCGCUCAUCAAGUACCCGUACCAGACAAGCCCGACCAACCGCGUGCACACGGUGUCGCACAUGCUGUCUGAGGUGCUGAACAGGCUGCCGGAGAACCCGGACCAACAGCAGCGGCUGGAGCCCGAGCUGCUCACCGUCGUGUCGGACAUUCUGGUGACGAUGAUGUCCAUCCUGGUGGACGCGACGCUCAUGCUCUCGCGCGAGCAGGCGCGGGCCGCCCUCUCCACCAGCGUUCUCCGCCGCAUCCUCGACGGCAUUGUCUUUGGUAUUCUCUUCAGGGACAGCACGACGCGCAUGCGGCUCAACCAGUACGGCGCCCUGCUCUUCUACCUACGCAUUGCCCGGGAGACGGGCGACCCGACAUACAGCGAGCGCCUGCGUGCGCCGCAACGCCGCUUCCUGGAGACGGUGGUGCAGGACGCCAGCGACUCGAGUGGGUUUACGUCAGUGCUCGCCACCUCCGCGCUCAAGGAGGUUUUGCGCGUGUGCCGCCAGCACUCUGCGGUGUGGCUGACGUACUUUGGGCGAUUCGGGCACCUGAACGGGUUUGUUGCGCAGCUGCAGGACACGGACGAUGCUCUCAUGCGCGCAAUGACGUCCACGGAUGAACGGUCCCUCCUUGUCAUCCAGGAACAUCUUGCCCGCCUGGGCUUCCUGCUGGAGGUGUCACACAGGUCCUCGGGCCCAACGCUGCUGUUCACCACAGACUUGCUUCGCGUGUUGGAGCAGGCGCGCUUCAUUGACGCUCGGCCCAUGGCAGAGGACGUCCACAGCACGCGUCCCAUGCACUCCACAGCGCUGCUGGACGAGCACACCUCGCGGCUGCAGCGCCAUCGCAGCAUCGUCAUCCCCGUCAUCCAGCUCGUCGUCAGCCUCCUACAGAAGUGCAAGCAACAGGAUACCAAGGUUGUGAGCCACAUCAUCACGUUUGUGCAGCGCCACCUUGGCCAGUACUUCCGCCCCGUUUUGAAGGACCGGGUUGGUGUGAUUGAUGUGCAAUCGCUUGAAGAGUUGUGUGUUGUCACCUCCAUGUUCCGGCUGCUCUCUCGCUACGGAACCACGCUGCGCACAGCCCUUGGCGCAAACGACCUCAGGGUUCAGCACCAGAUGGUGUCGCUCGCGGUUAAGUACUCCAAGCCAGGGGCGUGGCGGUCCACCCAGCACUGCUCGCAACUGGAGAAGCGCACCAUGGAGACAUAUGUCAACCAAAUUGUCUUCAAUGCGCUCUCAUACAUGCGCACGCGGAUGGAUGAAGACUGUGCUCGCACAUACACGCGCAGCAACAUCAACUUGGUCCUGUAUCCCAGCAUCACACAGACGGUUGAGGACAAGCCAACUCUCCACAUUCUUGUCGUGCACAUGGAACAAGCCAACGAAACACGCAGGGCUGCCGUGCAAGCGAUUGAGAGCCACGAGGACAGUUUGCGCCGCGUGGAGGAGCUGAGUCGGGAAACGCUGCUGGAGCUCGAUGUUGACCCGGAUGUUUCCCGCGAAGAGCAGCAGCAGCAAGCACGGACCACACUCGCUGCCCUGAUUACGGAAGCGAAGCGAACGAAAGCGCUUGCGUUUAUGAUUCUGGAAACGUCUCUGUACAUUCUGUGGCGGCACUUGGAGGUGUACCUGCAGUACAACACCCUGCUCAAGGGAAGCGCCGUGUCGCAGCAACCAACAGCCAAGGGACCCCGCCGUCUUCGAGCUGGGCUGUUUGGUCAGCCUGUUGAGCGCCAGUCCUUCAUGGACGACAUGGCCACGGAUGAAGAGGAGCUCCCUGUUGGCCUUCAUCUCGAGGCCAUCAGCGCGGAUGAAAUUUCGACGCUGAGGCGCGAAGUGGAUGCAUCACGCACGCUCUCCGUCAAGCAAGGCAGCCUCUUGCACAACCUCGUCGAGGAGGAGGCCGCGCGUGCUGCAUCGCAAAGUGGGGCGGAGCGCAUGGCCAGCAGGGGGAUGCUGGAUCCCAUUGUCAAGCGCAUGAAGCGCCUUCGCGUCAUGCUGCAGUCUUCCAACAACUAGUUGUCGCCUGACACCACCGAUACUGCGUUUGACGUUGUGUUGUGUUUGUUGUGUUGUGCUUGAUUGGACUUGUGCUGCUUGUGCGCCGCGCACAGUGAUGUGGCGUGGUGUUGUGGAUUGACUGCACUGAGUUGACUGGCGUUGCUAGAGGUUGCUGUUUGUUGAUGGUGUAUUUUGCUUGUUGUGGACUUGUGUUGAAAAGGGCAAUGACUGGGGUGAAAAGCAAACAGUAAAACCAAGCCCGUUGA